AUGAAUCUUGAGAUUCCUAAGCAGGUAUAUAAUAGAUUUAUACCAAAAAAGAUGUUUUUAGCUGAGAACUUAGUAAGUGGACAUAUCGUAGAACAUUCCGACACUUACAUAUUGAUGGUUUUCACGGUGACGUCAUCAGAUUGCAAAGUCAAAAAAGCCAGGUUUUACGAAUUCUUAUUUACACUAGGUUGAAGAUUAAUAGGAAAUAAAUCUUUGUACUAGUUUCCAGCCCCGAUGCAUGUUUCAUUUCGAAAAUACAGCAGUUUGAACUUCCGAGUUUUCACAGUGCGUGACACCAAAAUAGGAAUGCUAUCUCCUGGAAAAAAGUCUCUCCGCUUGAUUUUCAGCAGUUUAACCAUUUCAAGUAUUAGAAGAUAUGUUUAUGCGCAAGUAUGCUAGUUCUCGAGUGAAAAGGAGGCGCUUUUAUAGAAAAAGUGAACUCCAGAUGUUUUUGUUGAUUUCCGGCGGCCAUAUUGGUGGACAGUUUCUGUCCACCAAUAUGGCUCUACAAACGUGCGUGAAAUGUUUCGGCAACUAACUCAGAAACUGUGGGCCACAAAGACCUGAGAUUUGGACAAAUUGUUUAUAUAUUAGUCUUUUAUAACAUUUCAUUUUCUUGGCUUCUUCCACUGGACGGUUUCAAAUGUAUUUUUUUGUGCCAUGUUUAUUGCGUGACAGUGAAAACGAAGAAUACGCAUGAAAGUCAGCCUUAUUAAGUCUUAAAUCAUUGUCCAUAAACUUUUACAAGCUAAUAGGCAAGAAAGAGACUUCUACUUGUAAGCUUAUAUCGUCGGUGGAAAGUAAAUCUCUUUAUAGUCAUUGUAGUACGUCGGCUGAUAAUUUAUGCCGCUUGAAAACGAAGGUUGUUUUUAGUAGCAAAGCAAUACUUAGAGUGAGUGAUAUUAGGCGAGCCUCUGUGAACAAUGACCAGAUAAAGGAGCUGAUUACCUUGGCAAACAUCUGUCAAAUGUCUUUGGAAUAUUUUUUUUUUCAGUUCUGAAAUAUACCCUGUAAAAUCUUGAAUCUGUGUUUAGUAAGGAAGCGGGAAAGGCAAUAGGGGAAUCCCCGAAAAUAAUUACGAGAGUGUUGGUCAGAAAAUUUAAGAAAAUGCUCCUUAAAACUGGCACCAGAAUCCUGUUUCUUUAGGUGUGGCGACAGGCAGCCCAAGCGCACUAUGUUUGGGUUCGGGCUUCAGAGGUCAUUUGGUCGCAGUAUACUAGUAUUAUUAGUGUAUUAUCUGAUGUCAAAUAAAUGCAAAAUAGAUACCAGUGGCCUUUAAGAUAACGAGGGUUGAUAUUUCUUACAUUAUUACAUGUGAUUCGGGCCCUUAUUGUUCGAAUUUUAUCACAUGCAUUCGAAUCUACAACGCUAGGAAAAAAAAAGUCAUGAUCAUGUGAAAUAUUGAUUCAAAAAGCUCCCUUACCUUUAGUUCAUAGCCACUCUGUGUCCUAUGGCCGGUUUAAACACCAUUUAGUCGACUUACUUUCCAUCCAGUACUGAACACUAUAAAAGAAGGGAAGGCUGGAGACCUUCCAACCGACCCUCACCAUGCGAAGGCCAAUAAAUUCCAAACAAAGCAACUGAUCUCCCUGAAAUUGCCACCAGUGAGACCGAAGAGUGUACAUCCACCUGUUCGACGAGCGCCAGUUUCUAAAUUAGGCUGCAUGAACCUGAGGAGCGCUGCACACAUCGAUUCUGGCUAGCUUCGCUUCGCCAUGAUGCGUAAUCUGACUGUUAUCCUAUGAGAUUCAAAUCUUGGAGCUUAGCAACCGCGUCAGAUCGACAAAACGUCACUCUCGCGCGGGAGGGUUGUUCUUCUUUGCCCUAUCGCAAACCGACACCGUCGGGAGACGUCUUUGGGUUUCAUGUGUCAUACAUGCGUAAGCUUUUGCCGGUCGAAUUUAACGCUCCGGCUCCUCCGACGGUGUCGGUGUACAAUAAGACAAAAGUAAUGACUCUCCCACGCGAGAGUGAUGUUUUCUCGAUCUGACGUGAAAAACCAGUUUAUUUUUUUAAUUAAAAGACAGUGUCAAAGUUUUUGUUGAAUAUACUAUUAAUAUACUUAGAUAAACAGAAAAUUAAUUUAGGUGCUUACAAUUCAAUUUUCCUAUCUUGUAGUUUUAUCGUGUUAUGGGAAGGCCACUGAUCAGUUACACCCUAGAAGCAUUUGAAAGGUACAUGGCUAAUGUUCAACUUUGUAGUUCUUUUUUUUUUAACCCUUCAAGUCCCAAUUCCAGUCAUCAACAUCAAUUUUCUCCAAACAUUAUCAGUAAUCAGUUAUAUACUUGUUGAAUUCUAUUUGUUUUCAGUGUGUCAUGGAUCAAAGAAAUUGUUGUGCCUAUUGGUGAGAACUAUUUAGAAGUAGCAAAGGAGGUAUGAUGUACAAAAAGAAAAUAACUUAGACAAAAUGAGCUGGUAAAUGAUGGUUAAUGAUUCUGUUGGAGACUGCUUUAUCCUUAAAGCCCCUGAACUGUAGGUUGUGCCUGGAAAAAAACCCAAGUGAUUUCUGAAAAACUGCUAGAUUUUCUUUCUUAAGUAUCAUUACAUGUACUUUUCAUUUGGUUAGGAAAUAAACAUUACUGAAUAGCGCCUGUUGAAAUGCAUUGGCUAUAAAAUUGUGGGUCCCAUGAAUAUUUGGGUAAAGGAGAGUAAUAUGUGGAGUAUUAUAGAUCAAUGAUCAGUUGGGGCCUGUUUGCAUACACUCUUAACCUUCUAUUGCAUCCAUGUAAAAACAAGAUCAGACACCCAUCAAGAAAUUGAGGAGAACCUGGCAAAUCAAGUAGUGGAUAUGUUGCAAAUUUUAUUUUCUUUUGUUCUUGGGUGUGGUAACGUACGAUAUAACAUGGUAAUGAGUUUCAAACAAAAGGAAAUACAUUUUAAACCAAGGAUAAAGUUGAACGACAACAGAAAAAAAUGAUAAUGAUAUAAAAGAUGAUGAUGAUUCACCAGCCCCUCUCAGCUAGAAAUGUAUAAGUGUACUACUUAUCUAGUAUAGACAAGAAAGUGUUGUAAUGUCUGUUUGUUGGCAAAAACUUUUUCUGUGUGUUCAAUAAAACAUCUGGAAAUAAUUUGUCAUAAUUUAGCCCUUAUACCUCAUCCCUUCAGUGUUUCGAUAUAUGUGGUGUUAUUUUUUGUACCUGUACUGUUUCAAGGUGCUGAGGGAGUUUUCUCAUAACAAAGUCAGGUUAACAUCUGGAGGUUCAACAAGGUCAGUCUGAAUUUGCUUGUAAAGUGUUGUUUAAUUGGGCCAAUAUAUAUGCUAAUUGCUCUCCUGGAUUAUUUGGAAUUCUCCUAGACACAGCAUUGAUCUCCUGCUCUCCCGUACAGGUCACCAAAUUUCCCAGAUAAAAAUUAAGUGACUUUUUAGCUUUUCUGUGGUUUGUGUUAUUGUCAAAACUCAAAUUUUUUAUACUCAUAGUACGGUUUCUGGGGCAUCUUUGCACGUCUUUAUAAUAGUCAUCGACAAACAUUAUUUCAAUGAUGUAUUCAAACAAAGUUUGAUGGUGGGGGAGGUGAGGCAUUGACAUUCAAGGGGUAAUGCAAAACAGAGAAUCUCCAGAUCUUAGAUCUCUAGAGGUUAGCAUCUCUGGGCCAAGUUUGUGCACUUUCAGUUAAAAUGCAGUUUUUUUGGACUAGUCACUUGGAUUCCAUACCACCUGCUCAAAGCUGCCCCUAGAAUGAUAAUUAUAUAAGAGGCAUUAACGUUUUGGCCAGAAAAACUGUCAGAGUGACUGCAACUGCUCAGGGUAGCUGGUCUCCUCAUCUUAACUUGCUUUUGGCUUUCAGACAUAGAUCAAUAUGGAAUGGCAUUCAAGCUCUUACUGAAGAUAGCAGAUCUCCUCCCAAAGUAGUAAGUAUUCAAAGAAAUUUCCAUCAUACCUUUCUCCUUAUAAAAAUUUUCCAUUUUAAAAAACAUCAAAUCAACAACUUUGGAAGGACUUAGAUGUUAGUUAAGAUGCACCUUGGUGAAUCCCUCUACAUUGGCCAAUUCAUUAUUAGCUAAGUGUGAGAUAAAACCAAAUGCUAGUGAUGCAGAGCAGAGCUGGGGGGACACUCAAGGAAGGUUAGGGUAGAGGUGUGCCACAUAAGCUGCUAAUCCCUGACCUGUUAAAGAGGAAAAUAGUUCAUUUUGUUGCCCUGUUUGAGAAAAGAGACCUUGUUUUCCUCGGGGGCACUUUGUUUUGCAUACAUUAAAUUAAAUUAAGUACUGGUAUUUUUUCAACUAACAUUGUAGAAUAUAUUAAGAUAUUUUGGAAAAAGAUUGUUUGUAGCACAAAUGUAGUCCAUUUAUAGCUGUUACAGGCCAAAAUUAAAUUCAGGUUAAUUUUUUUAAAGGUUGAAAACCUAGGUUGAUUCUUUAUUUCCUCCUUAAUAUAUUUUUCAUGAAUUAGGGCAAGGAGACAAAAGAAACAGAGAAUCAACCUAGGUUAAAAAAUUUUAACUUUAAGGAAUAUAAUAAUUAUUUUAACCUGUAACAUUGCCAUCCUUCCAACUCUUACUUUUAAAAGACAUCUGGUCCAAAAAUACACGCCUGUUCAAGAUGCUUAAUAGUGAAUUUGUAGAGCAUAAGGGAGAAACCAUACGCUGUUCAGCAACAUAUACCUAUUUAGGCCAAAUAAGGGAGUGCUUCCCCUGCGUGCCCCCCACAGCUAUUUAACUACUCUUUGCCACUUUGUCGCUUAAUGAAAUCCAUUUCUCCAGGUAAUUCUUCAUGAUGUUGUUCGACCUUUUGUUGAUGAACAAACAUUACAGAGUGUAGCAUUAGCAGCUGAGAAAUAUGGGGUAGGUAGUAGUUUGCUUGAUUUACCUGCAUUAGAAUUGACAGCCAUUUAAAAAUGAUUUCAAAAAUUAAUAGAGAUUCAGAAGAAAGAGUUUUGCAUCAAGGGAAUAUCUCGACAUUAACUCAUUGUCUUUAACAGUCGUGUGAUCUAAUCAGUCACAUGAUUGCCCAUCACUUGAACAUUCCAAAGCGCCUAAUGUAUCAAAGCUGAUAUGUCCAGGCCCUCAUUCUUGCUCAAUGCUGGACUCAAAUUCUUAAUUAGCAGUAUUUCUGCAACAUUGUACUUGUGGACCUCUUCUGUUAUUUCAAGCUUAAUAAUUAAGCUUGAACUAACAGAUUGGAUUUUUCAUAAAGGCCCUACAAUGGUCAUAAUGUUUCAUAAAGGCCCUACAAUGGUCGUGAAUAUCUGAAGUGGAGUGCAUCAUAUGUUCUUGCAUACAUACUUACAUCCAUUGAUCUACUUGUUUUCUCUUUCUGCCUGCUUUCUCUCCUGUUUUGCGCUCGCCCUCUAGUGCUGUUAGAACUCCUCGUGUAAAACAACAACAACAAAACAUAAAAAAUGUCUGGACGACAGGGUAGAUUGCUUCUGUCACGGUUUUUUCUUUCCAAAAACCAGCCUUCCUCUCAGAAACGAUUUCAAAAAUUGGCAGUAGCUGAAAAAGAACAAACAAAACAAAACGAAACAAAAAUAAAGAAAAAUUUCGUACAUUCUUUUGUUUUUGCUUUCCUUCCAAGUUUCUAAACAAACUAGCGCAGAGAUGCUUAACUUGAUACGCAGGCUAAAAUUCCGAAGACGUCAGCCUUGUGCCUAAUUAUUAAUAACAGCUCUUGCCUGAUAUGUUUUUGUUUUUCCAGGCAGCCGGAGUCAUAAGACCUCUAGCAUCGACUGUCAUAGCUCAGUCUUCUGAUGGUUUCUUGGACCAUUCACUUGACAGGUAGAUAACUCUUGUAACUUUCUUGCACUUCAUGUGCUUGCCUAAAAUAUGAAUAAACGAGCUAGCGUCUAAAUAAAAUGUAAACUAUGUCGGUUAAGGGAGUAAAACAGAGAAAUAUGUUGAUUGACCAUUGUAGAGAGGUUUACUGAGCUGUAGUUUUCAGAGGCUCCGAAGGAAGGUUAAUAUAGCAUACGAUCUUGUAAGCCCUUGGACCUACCUAGAACUUGUCCCAUACAGUGUCUGAAAACAGUGUACAUUGGCUGAAUAUGAACUUUAUUGAUGUCUCUAUUUAACAGAUCAAAAUAUAGAUCAAGUGAAAUGCCACAGGCCUUCCAAUACGAAGUUAUCAAAAACGCUUAUGAAAAGGUGCGUUGCAAUACAGUGUUUUCCCCUUAAGAUCUGUUAUCAUAACGAAAAAUGACAGCAUUCCGCAUCGCCAUGAGUUUCAUCUUGUUUGCUACGCGUGGCUAAGGUUGUAACUCCCAAAUUCAUACGUUCCAUAGAAUAUCUUGAAGUAUCCUACGGUAGUUACACCGUGAUUCACUUUUAAUGUUGUUUUCUUUUGUUUCAAUGAUCAUACAACACCACACCCAAGAACAAAACCAAAGGUAAAAUGAGGAAUCACCUCAUACACUUCACUCCGGCUUCUUCCUAACACCGACGGUAGCUAUCAUAGACAACCUAAGCAGCUGUAGUUGCAUGUGACCUUCUCAUCUGUCCCACUCCAUCCACCCACUUCUAUUCAUUUACAUUUCCAAUACAUGCACUUGCUAAUGACAAUGUAGGUGAACACCCUCCCUCCCGGGGGGGAUGGUUACUCCCUAUAAUGGCCUAUGCUGGGAGGUUCCGCCCAAAAGGGGUACCUUUUUCGUGCUUUAGAUACAAGAAAGCAUUGUCAUUUCACUAAAUGAAGUAUAUAAAAGGGUAGAGAAGUCGAUCAUUUUGAUCUGUAAAAAUCCGUAAAAACGCCCGAAAAGAUUUAACAGAUGCACCUGUGAAAAAGUCGAUAAAACGUUCUGGUUAUGUGAUUUAUUCAUAUUUAAGAUACAGUGUAUUUUAAAAAGGGUGUAAAGUUCUAAACUAGGUACGUAAAAAGGGUUCCAUUUGUCAAUAGAAGGUAUACGAAAUGAGUACCUUUCCGUCAAAAAUGGUAUAUAAAAGGAUAAGGGGUUUGACCUCGGGGCGGAGCCUUCCCGUAUGAAACAUUCUUGAGUUAUGCCCCCUCCCCUCCUCUACGGAGUGAAACCUCCAACUUGCAUGCUCAAGUUAACUUUGAAUUUGUGUAAAUUCUUUUCUUAGUGCACGGAAUAUGACUUUGAGCAUGGCACAGAGUGUCUGCACUUGGCUCAGAAAUAUAGUGAAACAAGAGCUUGGUUAAUUGAUGGACCUGAGACACUUUGGAAGGUUGGUCUCAUUGUAUCUUAUCGUUACUUUUCGAACAUCAAUAUCAAAUGGACCCAAAUGGACUCCAAUUUUUCCAGCUUUUGACUGGGACCAUUUAGCGAAAAUCCAACACCACGGCUGAAAAAGAAAAAAAACCCUUGAAAUUAUUAAUUUCAAUUUGAUGGAAACUAAGGAAGGUACAGCUCCUACAAAGUGGCGAAAUUCUACACAGACGUUUGUAUAGUGGGGAGGGGGAGGGGUACAAACUUACCCCCACCAUAAAAAUGUCCGUGUAAAACUUCGCCACUUUGUAGAGCAAUAUUUUCGCUCUCUUUGAAUGAUUGAGUGAAAAAACUUUAUUUUUACACGGUGGUCAUUUCAAGAUACAAAAUUGCUUGGUUGGACAAGGAAAGGGAAAACUUGGUCACGUGGUACAAAUUUACGUUUGGCGUUUGCCGUAAACGUGAUUCUGAAUAGAGAGAUUAAGCAUCACGUUUAUGUCAAAUGGCAAACGUGAAUUUGUACCACGUGACCAAGCUUCCUCUUUACUUGUCGUUUACUGUUCAUUAUUUCUACUUCUAAAUUAGUAGUUUCACUCGAUUUUUCAUCCAUAAGAAUUGUUUUGAGCUGUUCUUAUCGGCUCAUUUUCUAUUUUGAGAAUUUCUCAACUUAAAUCUGACGUUUGCCGUUUGCCGUAUACGUGAAACUUAAACUCUCUAAUCUCUAAUGUCAUGAGUUAUCGACGUAAAAUGUGGUUGCUUUACCUUUUUGCCUUCACCAGGUGACAUACAAGAAAGAUUUGUAUGCUGUUGAGGGUGUUUUACAGGGUACGUCUAAUGAAUUCACUUACAUGUAAUUAACUGAUAUCAUGACUUCUGUUGCCAAUGCCCAUCACAGAAUAAAGAAUGACAGACAUAGGAUAUUUCUUUGGCAAUCAACGUAAACAACUGAAUAGGGUGAAGUACAACCACUUCAGUCCAUAGUCGCGUGUAGGGACGAAGCAGUCAUGUAAAAAUCUAGCUUGGGACCAGGCUCCUUGGUGAAGUGGGGAGAAAGGAAAAUAAAAAUCGGCGAGCGAGGGACUAAGGAGGAAGGCCCCACCCCACUCCACUUCCCCCGUUCAUUUUUUCCCUCCCUGUUUCCUCGCGAUAUUUAUCCCCCUUCCCCCAGAUGGAGAGCCUGUGAUAGCAAGAGCCCCAUAAAGCGGCUACAUUGGGCUGCCGGCUGCGCUGCAGUAGGUUAAUAUAUAGAAAAUGUGAUGAUAGUUAUACUUUAAUUUUACAGCGUGAGUGUAUAGCUAUUCCUAUCCUUAGGAUGAAAAUGUACUAUAAUUUGAAGUUGUACGAUCAUCUAGGUUAAAUUAUUCCUGAAUAGUGGCUAUAAAUAUAACUCCACGCAAGAAUUUCGUUUUCUUUGCAAGUCUGUUCUCAAGAUAUUAGUUUACGAUAUACGUUUGGCGCGCACGUGGCAAAGCAGACGUAUUGGUGCAAACGCAAACAGCAAAUCAAGACUUCUCCUGGAGUUGAAAAGUCCUUAAGGAGCGCAUCAGACAUCCAAGUUUAAAACAGGAAAAAAAAUUCAUCGUCCAUAAGAUGUCGCAUAUUAAGAACGCUUCACGUCGUAGUUGUGCUGCGGCAGCAAAGGAUUGUUUACCAAGAAAUGCGAUUCAUGUGCAGAGUCAAAAGUGACCAAAGUUUCAUUUCAAAAUUUCAUUUUGUUAUAUUUUGAAAAACCAAUAGGAUGCACCAUGUAAAGGUACUGGCAAAGCGGCUUCAUUUAAAUAGUCACGCACAUAGCAGGAUUUCGUCCACAGACUCAAAAGUUAGAACCACCUUACAACACUUCAUCACCGUCGGAGUGUAAGGGAUAAGCCCGCUUUUGCCUUUUUGACGUUCUCGCUGCUGUCCCCGAAGAGGGGAGUUCGUUAAAGUACGCAAACUUUAUAAGGAGUGUGACAGUUUACCAUGAGCAUAGGGUUCCAGGGGUUCCGCCGCCGCCGCCGCCCCCCCCCCCCCUCCCCCCACUUCUUUGGGCUACGGCACUGUCUGUCAUUUCAAGAAGAAUUAGAUUUUCUGUUAAAGAAAAUGAGAAGAAGAUCAAAUGAAAAAAGGAUCAAAUUAUGAAUACUAUGAGGAAGAUCAUACGAGGCCCCUGUGUGUACAAGCCUGCAAUGUGGGAAUUAAGCACUUUUGUUGGUCUCGAUUGCUUUGAAUUGCAUGUUGUAAUAGUUUGACUAUGAGAGGGUUUGAUACAAACUCGGUAGAGGCAGAAGGACAGUGUAAAGAAGGGAGAAUGAAAUCAGCGUUGAUGUUUGCAAAUCAGUCUGAGGAAAUUGUCUGAAAGUGGGACACUAACAGUAACAGCACGGCGAACUGCCUAAAACAUGCAGUAUUCAAUUGUGAGUUCAUCAGUUAUAUGCCACCCAGGUUACCAUGAUUCGGUGCCUUUUCUUUACAUAAAUGCUACUCAGUAUCCGGCUCCGAAAGCGACACAUGAAUGUCUAUUAGACUACAAUCACCCCGAAUUUUUAUUUUAUUUUUUUGGCGGUGCAAGUGGCUAAACGCGGAAAAAGACCUCUUUAGUUGUGCAGUUGAGGGCUUAGCCAUGAAUUCCUUCCAAACUUAUGCAAGUUGUUGUGUAUUUCAAAUAUCUUACAAAUGACAUCAGCAGAACGUGCCCGAUGGCAUAACACAUUCCGCAGACUUAAAAGGUACUUGGCAGCGACCAUGACUAAAGAGUGAGAGUCCGCUGCAUUUGCUCUGAUGAACAUCCAUUGAAAUUGACCUAAGUCCAACACGGAAGCAUCCAUGAUGUCUCCUUCUUGCUAAUAUCCUAACUGAGUAAACGGCAAAUCAUGCCCACAGGACUACAGUGCGUGUUUUAAUGUUUCAACGAUUAUCAAUAUAUAAAUUUUUAAGUCUAUCACACUAUCUCUUCACUGAAAGCGAAAAAAUGCUGGCUUCAUUUGGCACUGUUAUUGGAAACUUGUGCUCAGAAUCACAAAGCGAAAUUUCUGAGGACCUAAAGUAUUAACCUUUUCCGGGGGAGAAUGCCUUAUACCCCAUGUACAUGUCUUCUAAAGCUCGAUUGUCAAUCUAGACAAAAAAACCACAUUAGAAACCCCUCUAUGUAAUAAUGUUGGCUACGCCCCUGUCGAGGUGAUAUUGAACUCGAGAAUUAAGAAUGUUCUGGGGAGAGACAUUGUCAAGACUCCCGAAUCAAUAUCAGAGACUACUAAACGACUUCCUGUUGCCGAUGGAAGUAUGCCAACAAUAACCAGGUGACCAAGGCUUUAAGUUCCUUGUAAACCUUUUUGUUUCUUUCUCGAAAAUGUUUCUGUUGUAGCUGGACAUUUCUUAUUAAACGUGUCGCAUGAAUUUGAACCUUGUAAACGCGUCGAUGCGACGUGGUGUACGAACUACGAUAAUUUGUUGAUUAUAAAAAUUUGCCGCUAAAUCAUGGCCAUUUAUUACUGGUUUUCAGCCGGCGUAAUGUUGUCAACAAACUCCUUGAAUUUAAAAGAACUCAUAUGCUGCAGCUAAGAAAGCGUUUGACUUAUCCUCUCAUCAAAAAAAAAUCUUAUUAACUUGAAAUAAGUAACUAGAACUAACGUACGUCGUCCGAGCUUCGUCCUUUUGGAUAAAGAAUAUUUAAUCCAUCUAAUAAUGCGUGAAAACACAUAUCACUAUCUUGCAAUACUUAUUACCAUAGAAACUUUCUCCACUCUAAAUUGAAGGUGGAGGCUAUACUUCUCUUCAAUAAUUAACAGGGGCACCCAACUUCAAUUUUCGGAAAAUAUCUGUUCGGAAGACGAUUUGAGAUCUAGAAUUUUCGGAACAUUUGUUGUAAAAUUUCUUGCUUGCCCGCCUCUCCUAGGAUUUUCGAACAUCUAAAAAUUUAUAUAAUUGCCCAUUUUUAGCGGAUUUUUAUCCUAAAAAGGUCACCCAGAUUUUCGGGAGCCCUUUCUCUGGCUGAAAUUGUCGAAAAGGUAAGUUUUGAUACUACGGUUUUCUGGGCCCGGUUGCAUAAAACGCCCGUAACAACUACGGGUAUACGUACGUGCACUCGUAACUUAAGCGAGUUGCAUUAAAUCACUUAAGUGGUCCACUUAGGGAAUUCACUUAAGUGGUUGCACUUACGAUUUUCGUAAGUGUUCACGUAAGUGUCGUUUAUGCAACAGAAAUUGCGGGUGUUGCAUAAAACGUUUUUUACGGGAAAAAUAGCACGUAAAUUUACGGGACCUAUGUAGGUCCCGUAUAUAGUUACUGUUUUUACUAAAGUUAACGAGAUCUUUUACUGAGAGUGAAAAAAAGUAAUUUUUCCUCAGGUAAUUCGUUCUAAUGUGCUUUGUUAACCUCUUAUGUACACUUUAAAGCCGACGUUGUGAAAAAAGAAGAAGAAUUAUCAUUUUCAGUAGACAUAGAAGAAAAAUAACGAUUGCAUGCAAAUUUCAUUUUUUUGAGAGGCUUAAAAGUGUUCGAAACGACUUAAAAAUCUCUUUACACUCUCCAAUGGUUAGCUUAAAAAAAGAGUCAGAGUCAUUAAUAAAGUACUAUAUCAAGGUUACGUGUGCCCUUAAGUGAGCCCGUAAGUUACCACGUAAAACAGAAACUUACGAGAGUGCUAAGUGCGUUCCAUGCAACACCCGUAAGUGAACCCAUAACGGAUUCGUAAGUGACCUACUUAAGUGGGCACUUAAGUGUAGGUUUUAUGCAACCGGGCCCUGAUCACUAGACUUUCAGCUAGUAAAUCAGAACAGAUGAAAAAUUUUUAGGGGAUAGAAAUAUGCCUAUAUCUACCGUUUAAAUACUAAACUACGUUUAACAAUGCUAUGUUAAAGUGGUUUUGAACUAUAUUCUCGUUGGGUGCCUCUGAAUUAAAUUUAAUUUCGAAUUCUCAGAAACUUCCAUUGUUAAGGGUCGAGAUAGAGACGGUUUAUAUUCGGAAGCACGAUCUUGAGACGUUUUCUGACAUGUGUCCACCUAAGUACGUAGAGACAGUCAAACCUCGCUUUAUGGACACCCACUUAAUACGGACACCUCGUUAUUACGGACAGUUUGCUUUGUCCCUAGGGACAGUAAGCCGUACAUUUUCUCUGAAUUCAACCCGCUUAUUGCGGACACUCCGUUAAUACGGAGACUUUCUAUGGUCCCCUCAGUGUCCGUAUUAUCGGGGUAGGACUGUAGGCAGCAUGACUGUGUCACCGUGUUCUUCACUGCCCGUUUGAUUUCUUUCAUCUUCCAGCAAAAAACUAAUGGGUUCAGAGAGGAAUUUAGGUAUAACAUUGUGACUGAAGCAUUCCACACGAUAUCAUUGUCUCUUCUAUAACGGUUUAACACUGUCGCUACUAUGAAUGGAACAUAGCAAGCAACCAUUGUCAUCUGAAUCCAGGCUAUGCUAGAAACGGUUCUCUUGUAUCGUUGCAUGUUUAAUGGCCGCGGUAAUCCUUCGUUCUGUUGCUCUUGGUUACGACGGUCUUGCACUCUACCUUGGUGUUGCCGAAGUUUGAGAAAUAUUUUAACGUAGGAAAAGACUGAGGCUACUAAAAAAAAGGUUCCCCCGAUUGUAGCCCCAUUUAAAGCAAUUUGAAAGCUCACGAAAGAGCCUAUCAUUCCGGACAAAAUACCAAUCAACCAGAAACAAGUAACUAAUACAGCAACUCGUUUUAACGUGACAACGAUUCUGUAUCGCAGGCCCAGCGUAAGGGCGAGAAGUCUGUCUAAACUUAUAGCGGUCGAUGUCACGCCUGAUACUCCACACAAAAUAAAACUUAAAGAUGAAUUUACUGCGAUGAAGUAGAACAAAUUCCCAGGACUAAUUAUCUUUGUCGCACUAUUUAGUAUAAGGAUAGCAAACACUGGUUGCAGAUAAAGGCCAACGCAAAGAUCAGUGACUGAAAGACAUCGAAAUAGCAGUUUUGUCGGUGGAUGAAUAGAAGGCACUUUAUAAAGAGCCACCAGGAUCAGUGUGUUCCCCACGAAUGCGGUGAUAGAAAGAACAAAAUUUAGAGCUGAAAGAAAUAUAGUUAUGCCUGCUUGUAAUGUGCUUGUUUGGUUCACCAUCAUGUCUGCGUCGUCAAAGCUGUUCCCCCUUUUUUUUUCGCUAGGUCAUUGGUCAUGCGGGAGAAAAUUCCGGUUGACACCUUUUCACUGAGCUUAUAGCAUGAACUAACACUUACAUUAAUUAAUUCGCAGAAUUGUGUUUAUCACGUACCUGCUUCUAUUUCGUUAGUGUGACUGGUUGUAAUUAAUUAUAUUGGUUCAUACGUCAGUGUGCGGAUGUCGAGAUAUUAAGAGAUUUUGCAAAGAAAACAUGUUAAAGCACAAGGCAAACACAAAAAUCGGCCCAAUUUUUCAUUUAGGUCUUUCCUUUAGACUGGAAAAUCGACCCUAAAAAUCGUAACCUGUAAACUGGCCUCCACCGAAGAGUAUGUGCGUGCGUGAAUUAAAGGCACCUUUUAAUUUUGUUUAAUUUAGGAGCUGAUUGUAAUAAGUUUUAAAACAGGUGUGGUGAGGAGUUAUGUGACGCGGAUUCGGGCAAAAAUUCUUCUUCAAGGCUACUACUGUUAUCGAACUUUAUUCACUAUUAUUUUUUGCUAUAAAUAUAACAGUUUAGCUUGAUGGGAAAAUGUUUUGAAGGUCAGUUUGCCGGAUACUUUUUUUCUUAAAUCUCCCAUGGUCACCCCUUAAAAGGUGAAUGGAAUGGAAUGGAAGUUUAUUAUUAAGUCUACAAACUGAAGCUUCGCUUUUGGCUUGGUUAAAUCUGUAUAUUAUUAUAUGGAUUUAAUGUAUUCAGUGUAACGAUAGAACCUGUUUAUAGACUGAAGUAUACGAAAUAAACACUGUCGUCAUUGAUUAACUUUGACUGUUCUUCUUGUAAUCAGAGAAAAAAAUCCGUAGAGCCUUGGUUAUUGGACAAGGCCUAUCACACUUUUGUGAGCAACUAAAAGAACUGCUUCAGAAAAGAAAUGUUGCGGUAAGUUAUAUUAAAGCGUGCGCCCUAGUCUUUAUUGGAAGACGAUGGCUCUUGGUCAACUUUUUAAAAUCGUUUGUAUGAUAAUGUAUAUUUAUUUCGCACUAUAGGCGACCUUUCAUUCCGAUCUGUCAGCGGAAAAACAAGAUUCCUUCGAAACAUCAGCGGAGCAGUUGGUAAGCACAUCCCUGUACUAUUGACACCUAGUGAGGGGGUGAAAUAAAUGAAAAUACAAUUGAAUACAAUGACAAUACAGUUAUAUUGUAGAAAGGCAACGCAGUGAUUUCUUCACGUAGCUCAGAUACAUGAGGGACUUUAAGAUCGAAAGACGCCAAGGCAACGAGAACGUCGCUAAAAAAGUGAAUUUGCGUUCUUUCAGUCUUAAUCGCAAUUAUUCCUACCCAAUUACUUUGUCAGAUGUAGGCGAAUCCUCCUGGAGUUGAAUUCCAAGGGACCAUUUCCAAGUUAAGAAAGAGAAAUAUAAUUUUGUCGUUGCUUGUUUACAUAAUCCAUAAAACGCGAAAUUAGGCAAUUUCACGUCGUAGACGUGCAAAAACGGCAAAGAAAUGUACUAAUAAGCGUGAUGCACGUGCAAAGUUAUUGUUUUGCUUAUAAAACCUAUGGUUUUUUUACGUUCUCGUUGCCGUCCGCGUCAUUGGAUCUUAAAGUACUUAUUGCUACGCAAAACAUACUUGUGACAGUAUGUCAAUCGUCGCUCUGAUCUCAAGGCAAAACAAAGAAAGACAGGAAAAAAAAAAAUGAAAACAAGAAUUCAUAGCAACGUGGAAUUAGUUUCAGUAGAAAGAUAAUAAAGAUUCUUGAAUUGUCUUUGCAGAUAUCCGAGGUUAGCCACGGCAGUGUAUCUGUUGUUUUUGCUCUCGAUGAUAAAACGUCCUCCACGGUAAGGUAUCUUAUAAUACGUUUCUCAUCUGUUUUUAGUGUUCAUAUUGCCAUUCAGUCUCAUCUACCAUGUAUGCCUUACUGCUUUUCACCAUAAGAUCAAUGUCGUAGUUUUUGAAAUAUAGUGACCCUGUUAACGGGAGAACCUUUUUUGGCAUGGGCGCAUCUGUAGGCGGAAAACGCUACUGUCGGGUGGACACUAAUACUAGGCGGACAUCCCUCACUUCUACUGUAUGGGAACUUUCCUUUAAGACAGGCACACCAUGUAUUGGACACUACUGUAAGGUAGCCCUGUUAAGUGGACACCCAUCAAGGUCGAGCAGACAACCCCUUAAUGUGGAUACACUGUACCCCUCCAAUAAAGGCUCUUCUGUAAGUCGACACCCUUGUAGGCUGGUUGCCUCCGUGAACCAUUGUAAGGUAGACCGCCCUGUAAGCGGACGGACAAAGAAACUGGGGAGUUGAAGCAACAACGACGGCGACGGCUAGCAAAACCUCACUUAAAAAGUGAAUUCUCAAUGCCUCAAACUUAAUCGCGCUCAUUCCAUCUCGUUUAAUUCGUCAAAUGUUGGCAAUUUUUUUUUUGGAAUUGAAUUCUAAGGGACUGCAUCAAAGUUCAGGAAAAGAAAAAGAAAGUUGUUCUCUUGUGUUCCCGUCCUCGACAAAACGUGAAAUUACUACGGGCAGUUUCACGUUGUAGACGUGCAACAACGGCAGGGAAAUGUACAAAAAAGCGUGAUGCACGUGCAAAGUUGUUGUUUUGCUAAUAUAAACCUAUUGCUUUGUCGCCGUUCUCAUUGCCGUCGCCGUUGUCGUUGCUUAAGCUCCCUGCCCGUGCGAAAAUGUGUGCAGUUGUAUAAUUGGUGUUCGGCUUGAUUAAAUCAUUUACCACGUGCACAACACGUGUUGGGAGGAGCCACCCACAAUUUAAGCACAGUUUCUAACAGGACAUAUUUUUGAGGGAAAAAACGCAAAAUAAUUGUAAAGCAGACACAUCUACUCUUCUCUAUGAAAGGCCUACAUCUUGAUGGCUGCCUUUGCUAACCCUGAACUAUGAUGCUUUUCUUUGCUUCAGGUUUGCGUACCAACAUUUGUGAUGCAGUUUACGCGGGAAAUCUCACGAAAAUGCAAUCAUUGUCAUUUGAAAGAACUUAGGUUGAUAAUUGUUAGAUUUUCACACUGCAGAAAGAACUUCAGUGAAUUCAAGGUUGGUUGAGAUGUCAUUAGAACCCGGGCGCCGUGUAGUGAUGUUCACCCUCGAUAUGUAAUUUAAAAUUUUCUUACUGGACGAGGCGUGUUAGUUUAACUGAUAACAAAAGUUGUCUGUUAUAAGUCGAGAAGACUAGGGUAUCAUUUAUUUAUUUAUAUAUUCAUUUAUUUAUUCUCACGCAUUUUCAAAUUACAGUUCCACCCACAAAAGGCAAAAGCUAAUCAAGGCCGGCAGAGAUUCCUUAUUAUUUGUAGGAGAUCCUUGCCAAUAUUAUUUUACUCAAGCCAAUUCACAGAGUCGCCUACUUUACCAUCGUGUAGCUUAGUGCAGCAUCAAUAGUAUGCAUGCAUCCCAAACUAUAUGGAUCCUCGUUUAUGUUGUGCUCGCCGGUACGAAUCUCUGUCAAGCUACAAUUCAUAAGAAUUGCCGUGGGGUUCGGAAAAUGUUGGGUGGUAUCGGCUUUCCAAUCCUGUGUGUGUUUGUUUACUUAUAAAUCCAUCUUUUUUCCAGUUAACUAAAGUUGAAGAAGUUUUCACUUUGUUUUACGAAACAUUUAUUUUUUGUCACUCGACAGCUUGCUAUAGAGGAAAUGAAGUCACGUGUUCAUGAACAGGGUGUAAUUUGUUUUGGUGUAUUUGUCAGCCUAGGCCUCAAUAAUCAAAAGGUACAGUACAUUAUUCAUUUUACCUCAUCGUAGCGAACUUCACAGGAAUAUUUAACAGUUACAUAGUCUAACAACUUCGAUUUUGUCGUUUCUAACUAGUGUGAAAAUUUAUAGUAGAAUUACCGGCCCUAAGAGAGUGUUACCACAUGUAUUUGAACUCAAACCAUGAAAUCCUAACGGUGAAUUCCUAAUGCCCACUGCUACGUAGAGUUUAGAAGGGUUCUAUGUUAAUUCAAGGCUUAUUCUGGACGUUACCCUGCGAACAGAGGUUUCUUUCUUGCAUGGCUUGUCAGUCACGACUUCGUUUACAAAAUUAACUUUCGUGUUUGGUGGGGUUGAAUCCCAUGUUGUAACCACUGAAAGCUAUCCUGUAUUUCAACAGGAAAAUCCUGACAAUUCAAAGCUGGCGGAAAAGGCAGCCGAAUUAACCAUCGGAGCCUUGCUGGAUGUGCCCCCAAUAUUUAAUGGACAAACGUUCGACGCAAUCACGUGACAGGCGCGGCUUUCAACGCAGUCUCCAUUUUUCGUGCAAGUCACUUGGAUUUAUGUUUUCGCUUUUGGAGAAUAUGAAGGCUCACUUGGCGGCAGGAUGCCUUGCAUGGCCAGCUGGGUACACACUGUUGCUACGCGAUGGGUAGCCUACGAAGGAGAUGUGUGGGUUCUGUUGACGAUGGACAGCUAUCAACAACAAUCGAUCAAGGUUUCUUUGUUAAAACUCGCAUAAGACAGAAAAUCAUUUGAAAUGAAUCUUUCAUUUUGCCACCAAAUUGUUGGCUUUUGCAGGAACAAAGCCGCGCAGGUUUUUUUUACCCUCGGUGGCGACCCAAAUAACGCCGAACGGCGGUUCUUAGGAUAGUUCGAAAUAUCCUUUUCAGUUCUAAGGUAGUCUGUUGAAGUAAAGUGGUUAUACAAAUUGAGUGCUAGAAUAAUCAUUUUUUUAACGAUUUUCUUUUCUGAAAGUUCGGAUAAACUGUGUGUUUAGAGUAACCAUCCGUUGGUAGGGAUGCCGAGGUGAACGACUGAUACAAAGCUGUCACUAAAUAUUAGAACGGCUCUAUUCCUGCUGCAAAAGAUUUUCGUGGAAAUGCUUUUAAUUUCUUAAAAAUAUCUUUCGCUCUCCAGAGAUUAGGUGAAUUAAGCUAAAAUUAUGGAAGCCAAUUUAUUUACUGAUCUGUAAAAAUAAGUUGUUUUAAGUCAAAUGUAAAUAAAUCUAGAGAUAAAGAAGGUGACUGUUGGAUAUCUUCAGCAAGAAAGAAAUUCUCAGUCUUGCCAUAGCCUGUUCACAGAGCCUCUAUUUUCUCCUCAGAGUCCGUCGAGCGCGCGUGAUAAAAACCGAUUUCGAAAACAAAGAAAAGAAAAAUAAAGCAACG